AUGGAUACACCUCCUUUGCACAUAGCAAUGUUUCCAUGGUUUGCUAUGGGGCACUUAACCCCAUAUCUUCACCUCUCAAACAAAUUAGCAAAGAGAGGAAACAGAAUCUCUUUCUUCAUCCCCAAAAGAACACAAACCAAGUUAGAGCAAUUCAACCACUACCCACAUCUCAUUACCUUUUUCCCUAUCAAUGUUCCUCACGUUGAUGGCCUUCCCCAUGGUGCUGAAACCACCUCAGAUGUGUCUUUCUCUUUAGGUCCACUCAUUAUGACAGCCAUGGAUCGUACUGAGAAGGAUAUCGAACUUCUCCUCAUUGAUCUAAACCCACAAAUUGUUUUCUUUGAUUUCACAUAUUGGCUACCAAACAUGACUCGCCGCUUGGGUAUCAAAUCUUUUCAAUACUUGAUUGUUAACCCAGCAACAAUAUCUUACACUACAUCCCCACCAAGGAUGCGCCAUAGUGGUAACAUCACUGAAGUUGACCUUAUGCAACCCCCUAUUGGGUACCCUGUCUCAUCCAUCAAGCUUCAUGCCCAUGAAGCAAAGUUCCUAGCUUGGAAAAGAAACUGGGAGUUUGGUAGUGGUGUUCUUUUUUAUGACCGCAUGUAUAAUGGUUUAUGCCUAUCAGAUGCAAUAGGAUUCAAAGGUUGCAGAGAAAUUGAAGGGCCUUAUGUUGAAUACCUUGAAGACCAGUUUGGGAAGCCUGUUCUGCUUUCAGGACCUGUCUUACCUGAACCACCCAACAAUGUUUUAGAGGAAAAAUGGGCUCAAUGGCUUGGAGGGUUCAAGGAUGGUUCAGUAGUUUACUGUGCACUUGGAAGUGAAUGGGUAUUACCACAAGAUCAAUUCCAAGAAUUGUUGUUGGGUCUUGAGCUAACAGGCCUUCCAUUUCUAGCAAUUCUUAAACCUCCUAUUGGGUUUGAGACAAUUGAAUCUGCUCUGCCAGAAGGGUUUAAAGAAAGGGUUCAAGGUAGAGGGAUUGCACACAGUGGAUGGAUACAGCAACAACUGAUUUUGGAACACCCUUCUGUGGGUUGCUUCAUAUCACAUUGUGGUGCUGGUUCAUUAACUGAGGGACUAAUAAAUAAGUGUCAGAUAGUGUUGCUACCACAUAUAGAUGCUGAUCACGUUGUUAAUGCAAGGAUGAUGGGUGGAAACUUAAAGGUUGGAGUUGAAGUGGAAAAGGGUGAAGAAGAUGGCUUAUUCACAAAGGGAAGUGUUUGCAAAGCUGUGAAAAUUGUGAUGGAUGAUGAGAGUGAGGUUGGCAGAGAAGCGAGGGCAAAUCAUACCAAAGUGAGGAACCUAUUACUAAGCCAAAAUUUGGAGACUGCCUGUGUUGAUGGUUUCUGUCAGAAGCUUCAAGAUUUGCUCAGGUGA